UCCUCUAUUUCACACACCUUCCUUUCCACCCAGCAUCUCUCCCCCCAUCGCUUCCCAGCAACCAUCGUACACCGCUGCAGCCCCGAAGGUGCAGCACAGUACCCCGGAAAUUGUACAAGGGGGCAAGAAGUAAAGUGUCCGCCCCACCAAGAAACCCAAGUCGUCACUCGUCAGUCGUCUCACUCACAGUCACGGGCUCACUCCACUUCGCCCACUCUCACUCACCCGCUCCGUCCGUCGCCGUCCGGCCGGCAGCCCGCGCCGCGGCCAUGGCGGUGAGCAACAACAUCACGGCGUGCCUAAACUUCCUGGCCCUAAUCUGCACCAUCCCGGUGGUCGCCACGGGCCUCUGGUUCGCGUCCAAGCAGGGCGCCGAGUGCGCGCGCCUGGCGCGCUGGCCCGUGGCCAUCCUCGGCGGCCUCCUCCUGCUCGUCGCCCUCGCGGGCUUCGUCGGCGCCUACUGGAACCGACAGGGCCUGCUGGCCGCCUACCUCUUCGCCAUGGCGGCCCUCAUCACGCUCCUCCUGGCCCUCCUCGUCUUCGCCUUCGCCGUCACCCACGGCUCCGGCGCCUACGUCGUGCCCGGCCGCGCCUACCGCGAGUACCGCCUCGAGGGCUUCUCCGGCUGGCUGCGCGGGUACGUCGCCGGGGACCCGCGCCGGUGGGACGGGAUCAGGGCGUGCCUCGCCGCGUCGGACACCUGCAGGAAGCUCACCGUCGAGGCCGCCUUCUUCAUCGCCCCCGAGCAGUUCUACCAGUCCGACCUCUCGCCGCUCCAGUCCGGCUGCUGCAAGCCGCCGACGGCGUGCGGGUACGCGUACGUGUCCCCGACGGUGUGGGCGAGCCCGGCGAACCCGGCGGCGGACGCGGACUGCGGCGCCUGGAGCAACGACCCCCGGCAGCUCUGCUACUGGUGCACCUCCUGCAAGGCCGGCAUGCUGGGCACCCUGCGCGACCAGUGGCGCCGGGCCAACGUGGCGCUCGUCGCCGCCACCGUCGCGCUCCUCGUCGUCUACGUCAUCGGCUGCAGCGCCUUCAAGAACGCGCAGACCGAGGACCUCUUCCGCCGCUACAAGUGGAGCAACAACACCUGAUGGCUGAUUCCGAUGCACGGACAUAUCCUCAAGGAAGGAGUUCUCUCACAUGGCAUUGUGCACUACGAACCAGUGUAGAUCAUGUAGUGGUAAGUAACGUUGUACUCUCCGGUCUCUCUCCCUGAAAUUAGUUUCACUCUGACGACUUGUAUGUACCCACCAUACCCGGUGCAGUUCCUAGUGCUAUUGUUUAAUACAUUUGAGAAAAUUUCCAUUAAGUUUAAUAAAAAAAUAGAUCAAACAUGGUA